AUGGUGACUCUAGGGCUGUCGGCCGAUGAUUCGAGAUACCGCCCGCUGGAGGGCAUUGAACUGGAAUAUCGUUUCGACGCCAAGACAGGUUCUAAGCGGACGUCACCCAACAUACAUUGGAUCCAUCGGUUACGUUUGGAUCAGGGGCCUGUUUCGGCCCACGCAGAGGAUAAAUGGAGCGAUGCUGUGGAUUCAGUCACAUGGUGGCGUUCUUACGCAGCCAUACAACGGGGUCAAGAGGAAGUGGAACUUUUGGAAGUCGAGAUGAAACGGGUAGUACGGUUCUUCGAAUACUACGGUGCGGCCUGGGGUGCAUCCACGAUCGCCUGGUCCUCCCAAUCGGCUAACCCGGGUUGGGCUGCUUAUGCCGCGAAGCAGGCGCAUAUCUUUUCCGAACUGGGGAAGUAUGGUUGGAAGAAUUUCUCCCUGUAUCUGAACACUCGAUUAAUCUCAGACUGA